AUGUCUGCUGAAGCUUCUGCUCGCCUGCCAGGCCCCGGCUCAGCCCCGCCGCCGCCAUCCGCCUCCCAAGGCCGGCCUCCCCAACACUCACCUCCGGUUGACCCUUCGGUGAUCAAACUCACCCGGGGCACUAGCUGUGUCUUGUGCCAACAGCGCAAGGUCCGUUGCGACAGGAACAAGCCCUGUGCCAACUGCGUCAAGGCGGGUGCAGAAUGUCGAGUGAUUCCCCCGCAGCCUCCGAGGCGGCGGCGCAAGAAGCUGCAGGAAAAGGACUUGCUCGAGAGGUUGCGAAAGUAUGAGACCCUGCUGGCACAGAAUGGCGUCAAAUUUGAUGCCAUUGAUCCGGACUACAGGGCGGACGGCAACCUCGGAGAUGAUGUUGACGAGCUUGAAACCGAUUUCGAGGGUUUAAAGACUUCUCCAGAAGCACUUGCUGGCUCUUCUACUACUGUCGCUCCCCAAGAGCCUCCUGGAGCUUGGUUUUCUCUUCAUAAAGAGUUUAGAGCCAGUGAGCAGCUGUUGAAAGACUCAUCCGAAGAUGAGGAUGAGAAUUUCAAGAAGGGGUCUUUCAUUCAUUCUGCCUUUGAUAAGAUGUUUGAAAACCAAGAUGGCUUCCCUUUCAUCAUUGGAGGCUCAUUUGCCCCCGUCACUCACAACCACCCUUCUCCCGUCCAAGUGCUGCAACUUUGGCAGAUAUAUAUUGACAACAUUAAUCCCCUGUUGAAAAUUACACAUGUGCCUAGCAUUCAGAGCAAGAUUAUCGAGGCAACCUCUCGGCCUCACGAGGCUCCGAAGAAUAUAGAGGCUCUCAUGUUUGGCAUCUACGUAAUCUCUAUAAACUCCAUUGAGGAUGCUGAAAUCCAGAGGAUUUUUGGCGAGUCAAAGCAGGAACUUCUUGGCCGGUAUUUCCCAGCACUUCAGCAGGCUCUGGUUAACGCCAGUUUCAUGCGGAUUCCCGAUCCCUUGACCCUGCAGGCAUACCUCUUAUAUCUUAUGACCGUUCGGUGGUAUAUAGAUCCGAGGCAAGUGUUUUGCAUGAUGGGCAUCGCCAUUCGUAUCGCCCAGCGGAUGGGCCUUCACCGAGACCCCGACGGCUAUGGCCUCUCUCCUUUCGAGGUCGAGCAGAGGCGGCGAUUGUGGUGGACGCUUGUUUCAUAUGACCGACGAGUCGGAGAGAUGACGGGUUCAACAGUCACCGCCCUCACCUCAGGCUGUGAUUGCAAGAAACCUUUGAACGUCAAUGAUUCUGAUCUCCACGCUGAUGGCAAAGAACCUCCAAAGCCGCACACAGGACCCACAGAGAUGCUUUUUGCUCUGACGCGCGUCGAGCUUUCCAUGGCCGUGGCGAGUAACAGCAAUCGAGACAGCUUCAAGAUGAACCCAGAGAUUUGCGCUGGCUCACCGCAAUCAGGAAAAGCCGCACAACAAGGAAAGCCACCCGCCGUGACAAUACGUCUGGCUGGCCAAGAUGCUCCGGUAUACACUCUUGAAGGAUUCUGUGCUCAUAUGGAGGGCACGUACUUGACCCAUUGCGACCCUAAGAUUCCUCUCCAUUUCUUUACCAUGACUAUGACGCGGGCAGCGCUCUGCAAGAUGCGAAUCAUCAAUUACCUUGUUCGGAGACACAACGCCGAGCCCAUGCCGCUGAGCGAGAUCGAACGAGAUGCCCUAACUACGCAAGCCAUAUCAUGGGUAGAACAUGACAAUGUAGUCAUGUCCUCGGAGAGUCUUCGACCGUAUAGAUGGUACGCGAUGCACUAUUUCCCGUUUCCUGCAUACAUGUUCCUUGUUCAGGAACUGCGCAAGCGCCAGUCGGGACCGCUGGUAGAGAGAGCAUGGGCAGCCAUCGAGGCGAACUAUGACCUUCGUGGUUUAUUAUCCAAUCUUCACAGCCCGAUGCACGGAGUUUUCGGUAACCAAUUCAUCAAAGCCUGGACGGCCCAUUGCGAUGCCCAGCGGGCUGCAGGAAAGGAGGUUGUAACACCGCGAUUUAUGAAGAUUCUCCAGGAGCGCGCCGAGGCCAAGCGAAGGGCGCGCUCAGAGAAUCCCACGGGGUCCGUCCCAGAGCAGCCGCCGGUAGCCUUUCCUCGACCACGUACCCGCGAGAUGUCGACGACCUCGCUGGACAACGCCGUCAUGAUGACUCCGCCGGUGGACCAAAGUGGCGGGUUUGGCCCCCCUCAGCCGGCCAUGGCUCCUUCUAGUUCGGCGUCUGGAGAUGACGGAGAGAUGGAUUGGUCGUUCCUCAUGGCUGGCUAUCAGGAUGCCGACACGUUCCAAGGCUUCACGACGCCUAAUCACGCUGGCUUCGGGAACGGCAUGAGCGGAUUCGGCGGGCCAGGAGGGCCAGGAGGACCGGGAGGAAACAUGUUUGGAAGCUAG